CUCUUCCGACCGAGAGCUCCAAGUAAGCCAGCGACCGAGGCGAGCAAGCGAGAGAGAUAUAGAGAGGGAGAGAUAGAAACCCGAACCCUCCAUCUAUUUUUUGCCGAUAUCUCGAGCUCUAGAAACCCCAAUGGCGAUCAAUGCUUCUACCGAGCUGCCGGCGGUCGAUUCCCAGGUCUGGUACGCCUGCGCCGGCACAGCCGCCAAGCUCCCUGCAGUCGGUUCCCUCGUCUGGUACUUCCCCCAAGGCCACGCCGAGCAGGCCUCCUCCCCGCCCGAUUUUUUCCCCGUCUCCACCGCCGGCGGCCAGUGCCCCGCCCUCUUCCUCUGCCGCGCCGCCGCCAUAGGCUUCCACGCCAACCCCGACACGGACGAGGUCUUCGCCCGCAUCCUGCUCGAGCCCCGCACCACUCUGCCGCCGCCUUUCUCGCCGGAGCAGCCGUCGUCCUCGGUGGAGGAACCGGACGACGUCGGGGCGAUGGCGGUCAUGAAGGUUCUGACGUCGAGCGAUGCGAACAAUGGCGGGGGGUUCUCGGUGCCGAGGUUCUGCGCGGACUCUAUCUUUCCGCCGCUGGACAUGGCUGCGGAGCCUCCGGCCCAGAACUUGACGAUCCGCGACAUUCAUGGGAAGGUGUGGACCUUCCGGCAUAUCUACCGGGGGGUUCCCCGCCGACACCUGCUGACCACCGGGUGGAGCAGGUUCGUUAACGCCAAGAAGCUCAUUGCCGGCGACUCCUUGGUCUUCAUAAAGAACCGGGACGGCCGGCUCUACGUGGGAAUCAGGCGGGCGUCGAGGUUUUCUGCCCGCGUCCCCCAGGCUCCUCCUCCCCCUGCGGCGGCGCCCCCGGAGGGGAGGUUUGAGGUGAAUGUGGGCGCCGGACAUGUUUUUUCGAGGAACGCCAGCGGGAGGAUUCCGGCGGAGGCGGUGGCGGAGGCGCUGAGACUGGCGAGGAUGGGGAGGCCGUUUGAGGUGGUGCACUAUCCAAAGGCCCCGGCAGCGGACUUUGUGGUAGGGGUGGAGAAGGUGAAAGCGGCGUUGAGUGUGCCUUGGACUGCCGGGAUGAGGGUCAGUAUGUCGUUGGAGACACGGGGGUUGUCCAGGACGAGACUGUUACGGGGAACAAUCUCCGGAACCACUUCCCAGGACCAAGACCGGUGGCCCCUUUCUCCGUGGCGGAUGCUUCAGGUUACCUGGGAUGAUGCAGAGGUUUCGGCAGAUGUUAAAAGUGUCAGUCCUUGGCAAGUGGACUUAGAUUCUGCCACUCCUCAGAUGCAAACCCUAAACUCUGACGCAAACAGACCAAGGAUUUUACAGUGUUCCAAUUUACUCAUAGAUUCAGAGGGAAGAAUGCCCUCUACCAUGACAGGAAUGAGUAAUACGAUGAUGGCCAGUGCAGCACCAUCACUGUUCAGUCACAAUUUGUUUCCUGCUGGCAUGCAGGGAGCCAGGCAUAAUUCAAAACCAACUGAGGUCUCUAAGGAGUUGAAUGUUGCAAAUACAUCACAAUCAGAGAGCUCAUUUCCUCUCAGCCGAGGUAGCAUCCAUUUCCAAGGCAUGGAGCUUCAUGCUACUGCAGUUCGCAAUCCAAAUAAAGAAGAUAUUAGGCCUUCUUUUCAGUUGUUCGGUCAGAUCAUCCACAUAGAUCCGCCCUCUGUGUUCAGGUACAAGUGCAUGUAUGAGUGA